AUGGAGGCACAGAGACUCCGUGGUGGUGGUAUAUCGCACGCGUCACACCCCGGAACGGGCAACGUGGCCUCCCAGCUCGCGGAAACACAAGAUAUGCCAGUUACCCCAACGCCAACCCGUUGGCGAUCCGGGAACGUGAUGCAGCUUGUACUUAAUGAUAGCAGCACAGAUAGUGUGAACAUGGAUGAAAAUGAAGGCCAGGAGCGCUGGCAACCUGGGGGCUCCAGCAGGCCCCCCGGCCGGGCCAGCGAGGCCAGAAGUGGAAUCAGACAACGAAAAAUUCUACAAAAGUCAUUUAUUGGCAAGCCAAGGCAUCAAACUUCCCUGCUAAACGUGAGCAAACACGCCCAGGUGCUGGUGGGGGCUUUGGAAGCAGUCCAGACACAACAACAAGAAGUGUACCAGAUGGUCCAGGAACAGGUACAGGCACACCUGGCAGAAGAGCUGUCCAACUGGAGAGCAGAGCAGCAAGUUCACGAAGGAAUGUAUAUGGAGCGGAUCACAAAGCUGGAAUUGGAAGUCAGUAAGCUUCGCACAGAGCUUACAGAGGCCCGGCGCACCAUCCAGCAGCCUGAACCGGUGAGGCAGAACACACCGGCAAUUGAUACCCAACCAAACCGGGUAAACAAACAUGACGACAACCAGAACCCCAAGCCUAACGACGAGAAUAUCGAAUCUGGGGAAGAAGAAGAAAAGGAAAUCUAUCUAGGCGAUGAACGGUCUUUAUAG